UCUACCGAGUGUCCGGUCCGGCCAAGGACACCGUUUAACCGGGUCAAAUUGACGCAACAGCUUCAGGGGGAAAACGGUUGUUAUUGUUUUUUUUGCGGUCCCAUUUUGAAUGUGUGUUCAGCGAAAACCUGCCCCUUCCCCCGCCUCCAGGCGAACGGUUGGAAGGCAGAGACUAGAGGAGAGCAGCCAGGCGACAGUCUGUAGUGUCGAACGGGCUCCGAGCCGAGAGCUGACUGUGGUGACGUGAUCCCCGCGAGCUACCCGCGAGCCCCAGGUCACAGACCGCGCGACGGAAGACGUUAAAGGGCGUUGAAGCGCAUCCCGUAGCCCGCGCGCGCUGCGAAGCUGUCAACGUUAGCUUUUGAUCAACAUGGUGACUCUGUCGUCCGUCGUGAGACCCCUCGCUUCACAGCUCCACCGACAGCUCCUCAGGCACGCCAAGAGUCCCCGAAUAACGCCGGCCAGGAGAUGCAACCUCACGGCGUGCUCAAGCAAAUAUGUGCUGUCUCAGAUGCAUCCCAUGUGGCAGGGACCCCUCGCGGUGCCAGGAGGAGCUUGCCAGUCCCCCAUCGACAUCGUGGUGCGAAAGAGCGUCUUCGACUCGGAACUGAAGCCCCUGGUCACCGAUUACGACCCGAAGACCUGCCAACAGAUCUGGAACAACGGCUACUCCUUUCUGGUCGAGUAUGAUGACACAACAGACAAGUCCACUCUGAAAGGAGGACCCCUGCAAGACAAAUUCAGGUUGUGCCAGUUCCACUUCCACUGGGGUGAGAGCAACGCCUGGGGGUCGGAGCACACGGUGGACAGGAGGCUGUUCCCUGCAGAGCUCCACUUGGUCCACUGGAACUCUGACAGGUACAGUUUGUUCGAGGAGGCAGUGAUGGAGGAGAACGGACUGGCUGUUAUUGGAGUCUUUCUUAAGGUGGGAAAGAGACACGAGGGGCUGCAGAAACUGGUAGACGCUCUGCCUGCUAUCAGACACAAGGACAGUGUAGUGGAGUUCACCAGGUUCGACCCUGCCUGCCUGUUACCCGCCAACACCGACGACUACUGGACCUACCACGGCUCUCUGACAACGCCCCCUCUGACAGAGUCCGUCUCCUGGAUUGUUAUGAAGCAGCACAUAGAAGUCAGCCACGACCAGCUGGCCGUCUUCCGGAGCCUCCUCUUCACCUCGGCUGAGGAGGAAGUACAGAAGAGCAUGGUGAACAACUUCCGUGUGCAGCAGUCGCUCUGCGGCCGCACCGUCCGCUCUUCCUUCACUCCUUUCCUACAGGAGGCUGAAGGCGACAAGCACACCCACUGACGCUGCUGGACCCAGUACUCCCAGUAACACCGCUACGCACAGAGACCAAAACUAAAUUCUGUGAGCAACUGGCAACACUCUCCUUUUUUUUUUUUUUUUUUUUAACUCUGUCUCAUCCCAUUUGAAGCAGAAACCAUAUUUUUUAAGUAUAAGGACAUUUCCUCACAGGAUUUUCAGUUAUAUACUUAUUGCAUUUUUUCUUUCAAGGAGUGAAAAUAAUUUAUUUAUUUUUUAUUACUAACCGUAAACAGUUUUACACGGACGAUGUAGGGAUACUUUGGAUUUUACAGAUUUUAGUUUUGAGCUUUGCUGACCAAUAACUAAUAAGGGGUGGUUGCUUUGGGGAGAUAUGCAGUUUAAAUAACUUUAUUAACAGGAAUUGUGUUUAUUAUAUGAUAACAGGUCAUUUGGUUACUAUACAUGGGAUUUGUACCUCUAGCUCAGUGUAGAGAACGGCCGAGCUGAGGUAAAUACUCAACAGCACCGAAUGCUGGCUGCAGUCUGUACUACAGUAGACUCUCCAAGUGAUGUUUUUAUCGAUAUAAGGUCUGCAGCUUCUGGUGGUUUACAGCAGAAAGCCCAGGUUUUAACAGACUACACAAUAUAUAACUGAUAUCAUCAAGGGCUUGUUUUUUUAAAUCAUGUAUGCUGGGUUGUUGGGUUUAUCAUUCAUUUUGUAAUCGAUACAUUAAUAAGAUGAUUAGAAUGUAUUUUAUUUUUUAAAUCUGUUACAAAGAGAUUAUACUGUAUACGAUACAUCUGACAUUCAGACACCUUGUGACAUCCCUCACACACAGUAGAGAUUUAAAGGAGCUCUUCCGAGCCUUUGGCCUUCUAUUCAGAACUAUGAAUAUGUUACUAAUACACAAAAACAUGCCAGGUUACAGUAGCACAAACAUGCAUUUUACGAAUAUUCUGAUUGAAAGUAGCUUGACUUUUUUUAUUAUUUCUUUGUAGUUUCAACUAUCAUAACCACAGUGCCUUAGAUAUUCUCUGUGUUGCGCUAACUCAAACAUGCACACCAGUCACUGAACGUGCGAUUGAGCAUGCAAAGUGUUCUCAGUGGAAUCAGUCAAGUCUGCGACGCGGCAGAGCUUCCACACACACACACACACACACACACACACACACACACACACACACACACACACACACACACACACACACACACACACACACACACACACACACACACACACACACCGCUGUGCUUCACUCCAGUGAGUUCAGGGACAUGGUGGGGAAAUUCGAUAAACCGGUAACGUGACUAGACUUUCAGGUCGGCUGAUUGAAUCAAGUCUGUAUCUGGAGGGAACAUGAUCAGUCCGUCUGGUUUGGUUACAUUUCUUUUGGCUGGCGGCUAACAUUAAGCACAGUAACAUGAUAGUAAAAUCAAAAUGUCACUGUUUUGGUUUGAGAAAGGACUAAAAGAAUUGAGAAUACUGUACUGUAAUGUAAAAUAUCUAUAACUAGUCUAAACUGCUUUUAUGUAUUUUAAAUUUGAAUGUUAAGGAUACCAUGAAUAGCUGUUGUAGGGCCGGAGUGACAGGUGACAUAGUGGGACAAACUGACCACAGCAGCCUUGUGCAUCACCUUGCCUGUCCAGCUGGUGUCUAAAAAUAUUAUUUAUAGUGGCUCACUGUCCCUAACUCAAUGCAAUCUCUCGUUCAGGAUCUUUCAUCGGUCUUUCUGAGAAAAAAAUGAAGACUGUUCCUGGGGUUAAUCUUCCGUAUUUAAGUUAAAUUGUCAUUCGUUACAGCAGCUGCUGUUAGAAAUCGUAGCCUUUGUGGUUUAUAGUAAAGCUAAACAGCUUCACUAAAUUAACAAGUAUGGCAACAGAUGUACUUGCGUCAUUAUACUUUUGUUUCAUCAUCAACAUUGCAUCAUGUAAAGAAUUCUGGGCAACUUUGGCUCACACCCGAUUGAAAUCUCACUAUGCAGCACUACUAGAAAAGAAAAGAAGAGGUUUGUCGAAAGGACAGGGAGAGAGAGGAAAAGGUUAGGAGGAAGGGGAAAGGAAGCUCAGAGUUGAACACGCAUAACUUGAAAUGAUAUGUUAAAUUUCUCAGAUAUUCUUUAGUGCGGGAAACUAUGAUUGCACUACAAGUCACAUGUAUCUGGCUAUAUAUACAAACUCUCUGAGUUUGUCUAUAUGCAAACGCACAAUUGGGUUGAGAGCUCCUGGCUGUAUUUUAUAAUCCCCCAAGGAACAAUGCAACUGUCCCAAACUUGGCCCUCCACCACUAUAGAAAUAGCUGUUGCCCCCUUCCUGCAUGGACGCUCCCAUUAGGCACACACCCAGCAGGAAGCCCCCCCCACGCUGAAUAGACUUAACUGGAUAUGCGUCGAAAAGAUUUUGCAAUGUGCUCCGAGGGAUGUUAAGUCGUCGCGAAAGGCUGCAGAGACGCCGAAGGAGUGUGAUGCCACUUCUGGGAAUGUUGCACGGUUGCCUUUUCUUUUUUCUUUUAUGAUGCAAUACAGAAUCUAUGUUCAAUGUUUUUUUUGGUUUUUUUUUUUUACUAACAUGGAGACAAGGGACCCGGCACUGCCUUCAUCUUGUACAGCCGUGUUUUGUUGACGUAUUUGAAAUGUGUACCAUGAUCUUCAUGUGCCUUUGUGUUUCAUGGCAUUUUACUCGUGUAAAUUAGAUUUUUUUUUUUUUAAUGGCUUUUAAAAAGAAAAAAAAAACCACUUUUGAAUGCAAUGUAUAUCAAUAUAUUCCAGUACAAAUGUUCAAUAUAUAGAAAAAUGUCUGCCUGGCAUUUUCUGCCAAAAGCUGGAAGGCAUAAAAAUCAAUUUAGCAUUUUUUUUUUUUACAUCUUUGGGAGUUUAACAUCUCUUUGUUCUUGCAUUUUUUUCUUUUUCUUUUUUUAAUCCUCUCCUGAUUUGUAUCAGUCUGCCUCUCUAAAACUUUAAAGUAUUACAGAAUGCUGUCAUCUUGCCGUUCUACACUCUUGGUACAGCUUUCCUUGCCUUCUGUAGCUCAGUGUGAUGUUGUAGCAGGUGUAUGCUGUACACUGUAUGUGGUGCAUAUUUUAUAUAGUUUGUUUGUCUAGCAGGCAGCCGACAUUCCUGCCCUGCAGGGCUUCACAGGGGGCCCCUCUCCCCUCCCAGCAUGCUUUGCUCCACCUGGAUGGCUCUUUAUAGGGCCCCUUCCAGCUGAGCAACCAGGAUGUGUUUUGCUCACAGAGACUCCAGCUCCUGGGUGGGGGGCAAAGGUGUCACAUGAUGUAGAUAAAAAAUUAUAGAAAGUGAUAUAUUAAUAGAUGAAGUUUAACAAUAAAAUAACGUGUGA